AUGCAGUUCGCAAGGGUCGAUCCGUUCUCACAUGAGGUUCUCUGCCUGCACGGUGCUGGAGAUGUCGGACUGGUUUGGGCGCAGGUUGCACGAAAACUUCGAGAUGGCCUCAAAGGUCAUGUCAUUAUUUCAGUGGAUCUCAGAGGGCAUGGUGGGGCGCUUGUGGACGAGCGCCUCGACGAGAGCUUGCGACUGCAGCGCUUGUUACCCGAUGUGAUGUCUAUCCUUCGUUGCAUCGAGGAGCGGUUGCCGGAGAAAGGAUUGAUUCUUUGCGGUCAUUCCAUGGGCGGGGCCUUAGCAGCACGCGCUGCCGCAGAGGCCUUCAAAUCAAAGCCUCCACUUCCAGUGCGGGCCGUGGUUCUGCUUGAGGCAGUGGAGGGAACGGCUGCAGAAACUAUUCCGCGGAGCAUUGCGUGGAUGCAGGCCAGACCUCGCAACUUCAAAAGCUUGGAGGAUGCAAUUUCAUGGUCUUUGUCUUCGGGAAUGCUCACAGACCCACAGGCAGCGAAAGAGAAUAUUCCACUCCGACUACACUGCGAGGCUGACGGAGAGUUACUGUGGUCCUGGAUCACAGAUGUGUCAAAGGCCAGUGGCUGUUGGCCUGAGUGGUUCGACGGUGUCAGCUCCCUUUUUGUGAGCUUGCCAGUGCCGAAACUUCUCUUGGUGGGAUCAGUGGACCGAAUGGAUGCAGCUCUGGAGGCUGCACAUAUGCAAGGCCGUUUCCGCUUGGAAGUGAUCCCGCACCCGGGACAUUACAUACAUGAAGACCGAGCGGAUGAGGUUGCAGAAGCACCUGAUGCCGCAUCAUGUUACGCAUGUCUUCCAAAAUUAUGUUGGGAAUCUUGCAACUGA